AUGUUAUUCAACAUUGUCAGUCCAGUCCUGGGCUGUCUUCUUCUUUCCAAUGGCGCCAUAUCCGCUUUGCUGCCUCGUGGCGAUGAUGCCGGCAUCCAUCCAUGGAUCGACCACGAUCGUGUCACCGCGUUCUCUCAGAAUGCAUCUCCAGGAUUAGAGGGUCAGCUAGAACUGCGAUUCAAUCCCGAUCUCUACGUUUCCGGAGGCUGCGAUCCGUAUCCCGCUGUUGAUGCCACUGGAAGUCUUGGCGCUGGCCUGAAACCAACUGGCGGCGGAAGAAGUGGCUGUGGUGACGGUCAAGGCGGACAGGUGUACGUGCGCCGCGGUGUUAGCCAAGGCCGAGUUGGCGUCAUGUACAGUUAUUACUUCCCUAAAGUCCGCUGGGCCAAGGGUGAUAAUAAUGGCCACCGCCAUUACUGGGCCAGUAUCGUCGUAUGGAUUAACCGCUGGGGAUGCCAAGUUGAUGACACCACUUCGGCUUGGCCAGUUGGAGUCUCAUUCACAACUGACCACUUGAAAUGGGGCACCGCAAACGCUGGCGAUAUCACUUUCAAGUCCUCCGAUGUUGGGGUCGAUAUGCCCACCCAUCCUAGGAUGCAAAUACACGAUAAUGCCAUGGCACCCUUCACCGGCGCCGACGGGGACAAAAUCUACGAACGUACUCUUAUUGGAUGGGAUUCGCUACCAGACGAGGCCGUUCAAGCGCUUACUGAUGUCAAAUACGAGAAGACGGAGGUGCCGUUCAUCGACGUUAACUUCCAACGCCAUUUGGACGCUUCAUACCGGGAGAGCUUUUACGGCGGCCUUUCUGAUCAGCAAGGCUGUGUUGAAGAUGGUGCUCCUGGAGAGCCAGAGAAUCCCAAAGGACAAUGA